GACUGUCAUUCAGUCUUCAAACUGGAAAUGAAUAAGCAGCCACAUUUUCACACAUUGAAGAAGUGUCUCACUAUGCCUACUUUUUGAACUAAGAACGAUUUCAAAUAAGCAAAGAAAACGUUAGCUAACUUGCUAGGGCAACGCGCUGUCAGUAACGUUAACGUUAGAUAGGCGUGCUAGCUAUAGCUAGCUAACCGGUUUGGACCACAUAAAUAUUUACAUGUUUUGACAUACUGUACACCGUCAAAAUGGAGCUGUUUCAAGCCAAAGACCAGUACAUUCUCCAGAGUGGCGAUCAUGCUCUUUGGUGUAGCCGAAUAGAUGGGACCAUGAACGCCAGACCUGCAACAGACCUUCGGUUAGCUUGCAACCCAGUGUGCUUGGGCCUGGUUGAGGGUCUCAUCGGGAAAAUACAACUUCAUACAGAUCUUCCUCUAGGUCUCAUACUGAUCCGCCAAAAAGCGCUGGUUGGCCAGAUGCCAGGCAACCACAAAGUCUACAAGAUCACCAAGAUAGCUGUCAUUCCUCUCUCUGAGGAAGAGCCACUGGAUCUGGAGCUGGAGCUUUGUAAGAAGCAUCACUUUGGGAUCGACAAACCAGAGAAGCUUGCACGGUCUCCAGAUGAGUCGAAAUACCUGAUGAAAACUCUGAGUCAGAUCAAGUCCAAUGUUGGGGCUCCCACUAAGAAAAAGGUCAAGGAAAACAAAGAGAAGGAACGUCUCGAGAGGCGGCUGCUCGAGGAGUUGUACAAGAUAUUCAUGGACUCCGAUUCCUUCUACUACAGCAUGACUUAUGACCUCACCAACACUGUGCAGAGGCAGGGAGACACAGAAAAGUCCAACUUGCCCCAAUGGAAACAGGUGGAUGACAGAUUCUUCUGGAACAAACACAUGGUCCAGGAGCUAAUUGAUCUGCAGGUUCCAGAGGUGGACUUCUGGGUGACACCCAUCAUCCAGGGCUUUGUGCAGGUGCAGGAGCUGGUGGUGAAUUACAACGAGAGCCCAGACGAGGAGAAGAGCAGCCCAGAUACGCCGCUCCAGGAGAUCACCUGCGUGGACGACAUCCACCCGCGCUUUACCGUGGCCCUCAUCUCCCGCCGCAGUCGCCACCGCGCAGGGAUGCGGUACAAACGCAGAGGGGUAGACACAGAUGGCCACGUGGCUAACUUUGUGGAGACAGAGCAGCUGAUACACGUGCACAACCACUCACUGUCCUUUGUGCAGAGCCGCGGUUCGGUGCCUGUCUUCUGGAGCCAAGCAGGCUACCGCUACAACCCCAGGCCUCGGCUGGAGAAAGGAGAGAAGGAGACCAUUCCUUACUUUGCUGCUCACUUUGACGAACAGCUCAACCUUUACAAGAAGCAGGUCAUCAUAAACUUAGUGGACCAAAGUGGGCGUGAGAAGAUUAUUGGCGACGCAUAUCUCAAACAAGUCCUUCUGUACAACAAUCCUAACCUCACAUAUGUCUCUUUUGACUUCCAUGAGCACUGUCGAGGUAUGAAGUUUGAGAAUGUGCAAACGCUGACAGAUGCCAUCUCUGAUAUUAUCGCAGACAUGAGAUGGGGCUGGGUGGACCAGGCAGGAGUCAUCUGCCAUCAGGAGAGCAUUUUCCGGGUCAACUGCAUGGACUGUCUGGACAGGACCAAUGUAGUCCAGGCUGCCAUAGCUCGUGCAGUAAUGGAGGCGCAGCUGAAGAAACUGGGUGUGAUGCCCCCUGAGCAGCCUCUGCCACUCAAGUGCUACAGGAUCUACCAGGUCAUGUGGGCCAACAACGGCGACACCAUCAGCAGACAGUACGCCGGCACGGCCGCCCUCAAGGGAGACUUCACCAGAACGGGGGAAAGAAAACUGGCCGGGGUGAUGAAAGACGGCGUGAACUCAGCCAACCGCUACUAUCUGAACCGCUUCAGGGACGCAUACAGACAAGCAGUCAUUGACCUGAUGAUGGGCCAUCCUGUGACGGAGGACCUGUACUCCAUCUUCAGUAAGGAGAAGGAGCAUGAGGAGAAGGAGCAGGAGAGCCAGAGAGUAACCCAGGAGCAGGUCAGCCUCCUGCUGCAGACCUACAUGCAGCUGCUGCUGCCUGACGACGAGCAGUUCCAUGGUGGCUGGGCCCUCAUCGACUGUGACAUGAGCCUUAUUGAUGCAACCAGCAAAGACGUGGAUGUUCUCCUUCUGCUAUCCAACAGUGCAUAUUACAUUGCGUAUUAUGAUGAGGAAGCUGACAAAGUCAAUCAGUACCAGCGCCUCAACUUAGAGGGUUUGGAAAAGAUUGAAAUAGGUCCAGAACCUACUCUGUUCGGGAAGCCCAAAUUCUGCUGUAUGCGUCUACACUACAAGAAUGAGGAGACAAGUGGGUAUUUUCACACACUGAGGGCUGUCACAAGGAAUCCUGAGGAUGACGGUAAAGACACGUUACAGUGCAUAGCUGAGAUGCUUUGCAUAACAAAGCAAGCCAUGGGACUUGACCUGCAGGUGAUUGAAAAGAAACUGGAGAGAAGGCACAGUAAACCUCACGAGGACAUCAUGGGCAGACACACUGACCAGGUCCUGGGCAGCUCUGGUCUGGCUCAGGGAAAGAGCUUCCUCCUCAACAAAUUCUCCUCUCUCAACCAGAGGGUGAAGAAGUCCAACGUCAACAUGGGCUCCUUCAAGGGGAGGCUUGGCAACACCUUCUCCACCAAGCCCGAUGUGAAAGUGAACUUCCUGAAGCCCACCAUUGGGAUCACCCUCUGGAAGUCUGACAGCAGCUUGGAGACCUCAGAGAAGGCAAACACCGGCCCGGCCCUGAAGGACCUUUGUGACAACCACUCAGAGAUGUCAUCCGACUCAGACUCCUACAACUCGGAUGAACACCUGCGCUCCGGCUCCCUGGAGAACGUGGACUACGUGCUGCCCAGCUGCGGCAUCGUGGCGUCAGCACCGCGGCUAGGCAGCAUGGAGCUCAACAUCCGAGUCACUGGCUGCGACAGUAAUAGUAAGCAGGAGGCUCCGGCUCUAGCCAGUCCUGAAGACCAGUCUCCCGGUGCUACCUCAGAGGCUGAGGAGGCCAUCCUGAUAGACUUUGGAACGCCCAUUGAUGCCUAUUGCCACCAAUUCAUCCAAGAUGCGCAGACCAAACCUGUCGAGGUAUUUGGGGAGCAGGUGACUGGUGGCGUCCCCACACAGAACCCACAGGUCCCUUCACAUGCUAAAGGGCCCCUUGCCCUAGACGAGCACCCAGGUUCAGAUCAGCAGGAGAAGGAGCUCCAGCUCCCUCCCAGGCCGUCCCAGCUAGAUGUUGCCUCCAGACCCAAUCUCCUGACUGCCCAGAAGCUCAGCUCGGCAGCUUCUGGCGGCUCUCACAUGGAGGGCAGCCUGGGCCCCUUGCCCGCCGACGGCAAUGGCACCCGAGUGGUCUCUCCCUUUGCCAAGAUCAAGAGCUCCAUGGUGCAGGUGGCCAGCUUGACCCAGGCCGGACUUACCCAAGGCAUCAACUUUGCUGUGGCAAAGGUGCAGAAGAGCCCAGAGCCAGAAAUGGCCGGUCUCAAUGAGACUCAAGAGAACGAGCUGAAGGCAAUGUUUACACAGUGCCAGACGAGGAUCAUACAGAUCUAGCACUUCUAAAGUUGUAGCCUCUAAGCAGGGUUUUGUACAGUUAGUAGUAUAGUAUCUGUGACUUCCAGUACAGUAGCUAGCAGUAGCAUAAGCUUGCACAAGAAGGGGCCCACACUGACUUGACUAAGAACCCUGCUCUUCAAUUCCCUUUGUAGUUGACCUGACCAUGUUUACAGCCAGUGUUGUGUAGUAUAUAAUACCCCAGCUCAAUACACGGCUUACUUAAUCCUAAUGCAAUUCCUUUCCGAAGCACUACCGCAAAGCGUUAUAUUCUGCCCAUAUUAACUAAUUUAUUUUAGGCCAUAGCCUAAAGAACAUGAUUUAAUGAAAAGCAGCAAACAGA